AGAGGAGAGGAUAGGAGGCUUCCAAUUGCCUUUCUGGCCAUGGCCAAGAGCAUCGAUAUAACCGCCAAGACGGGAGUCAGCUCGGCUGUCGUCUCAUUGCGUCAGAACGAGCUGAUUUGCAAUCUUCGUGCUUUGGUGGCGGUGAGAUUCGAGCAGGCCAUUGAUCUCAUUGUGCUGAUCUUUGGCGGUCAAGUGCUGCUCGAUGUGGGCACCAUUGAUCGUCAGGGAAUCACCGAGGGCGUUACGGUUCAUGUGUUAUUCCGACACCUACGAAAUAAUAAUAAUAAUAAUAGUAAUGAAGUUAGCACAACAAUAUCACCAGCUGCCACAUCUCGCACUUUGAUCUUGAAGAAUGCGGAUCUGUUUAGACCGCUGCUCGAUGAUCCUGCCACAUUGCGGGAAAUGCUACAGAGUGAUCCUCGCAUCAAGAGCCUGAUCGAGGAGAAUGCAUCGUUUCGUUAUUAUUUGAGCAGCGAUCGCAAUUUGCGUGACAUUUUCUCAACGAUCUUCAAUCCGGCCAAGAUCCAGGAAUUGGGACGUAAGCGUGAUAUCAAUAUAAUGCGCAUGGAAUGGAUUCCUGGCGGCUAUCGGGCACUUGGUAAACUCAAUUACUUUUUGCGUCAGGCUCAGGAGGAUAAUGUGGCGCUGAACUAUCAGGAGAUCGGCGACUCGACAAAUUGCGAUCUUGCUGCUGAGAAUCCUCAACGUGGUCGUGAAAAUAAAAUGCCAUUGCCGAAUCCCUGGCGUCCACGUGCUGACUUGGAAGCGGGCGGUGAUGGCUUCGCCAAUCGUGCCGAGCGUCUGGUGAUCGAUCUGAAGCAGCGAUGCGAUCACAUGAUGAAAUCCCUGCAGCUGGGCGAUCUCAGCAAGACACUGCAACAGGCCCGGGCCCUCAACAAGUUGGCGGACAAUGCGCAUCGGGCUCUACAGAUACGUCUGGACAAAGAAUGGUCUUCUGUGCAAGAUUGCUCCACUGCCCCUGCCCCUGCCACGCCCAUUCCCAACGCAACAGCUGCCUCACAAUCUCCACAACAAUCUCUCAACAUUUUCCAUUUCAUGUCCAGCAAUGACAGUCGCUGGGAGCAACAUUUCCAUGCGGAACUGAUUCAAUUGGAUACUUUGGGCUAUACGGAUCGACAGCGUAAUAUAUCCGCUUUACUCAUGUCCUUUGGGGAUGUUCAGACUGCCGUCAAGCUCUUGCAGAAAUGGAAUCCAACAUAAUCAACCGAUCUAUCGAUUUUAAAUUGUUUAAUUCAUUUUCAUUUGUUUUUGUCAAUACGAUCUUUGGUGCACUGGCUCUGUAUCCCAACUCCAUGUAGGUGUAUUUUCAUUUUGAUUGAUCAGAUCAAUCAAAAUGCAUUAUAGCAAUUGCAUUCAAUGUGCUAAAACA